CUCACUUUCACCUCAACUCAUUGCUGUACUCAUAUCCGCACACUGACACGCUGUACAUCAUGGACAACGGCUACAACAACUACAGCAGCACCUACUCCGGCGGCGGUGGUAGCGGCGGUGGCUUCAUGCCCGGCGAGAUGAACAGCCCAUCAGGGGGAAAGUCCGACUACACAAACGCCACCCUCCGCCCCAUAACCAUCAAACAAGCCCUCGACGCCAUCCAACCCUACCCGGAAGCACCCUACCAAAUCGACUCCGCGGAAGUCGCCUCCGUGACCUUCAUCGGCCAAGUCCGCAACAUCUCCUCCCAAAGCACCAACAUCACAUACAAACUCGACGACGGCACCGGCGAAAUCGAAGCCAAACAAUGGAUUGAUUCCAUGACGGCCGAUUCCAUGGACACGGAUGACCCCAACACCAAUUCCACCUCCAAUAACAAAAACAAGAACCAAAUCGAACUCAACGGCUACGCACGAGUCUUCGGAAAACUCAAAUCAUUCGGCAAUAAACGUUUCGUGGGCGCGCAUUGCGUCCGCCCCGUUCGGGAUAUUAAUGAGUUGCAUUGUCAUUUGCUCGAGGCGUCGGCCGUGCAUUUGUUCUUUACUCGGGGGCCGAGUACGGCAUCUUCUGGUGGUGCUGGUGCUGAGGGGGCAGGGGGUAUGAAGGGUGGAGAUUCAGCGAUGGGUGGUGUCAGUGCAGGGGAUGAUUACGGUGCCGGAAAGGGUCUACCGGCGAUGAGCCCCGUCGCGAAGAGAGUGUAUCAUCUCCUGAAGACGGAACCGCAGAGUAAUGAGGGGUUGCAUGCGCAGUUGAUUGCGGCGAAGUUGAGUUUGCCCAUGCCGGAUGUCGCGAGGGCGGGGGAUGAGUUGCUGACGGCGGGGGUGAUCUUUUCCACGGUGGAUGAGCAUACGUGGGCGAUUUUGGAGUUUUAAGUUAUUUAUGGUGUGGUGGGGGGAUUAAUGGGGGAAAAUUCAUAAAUUCAUGGUAGGUAACUAGUUCGUAUGAUAUCAUUUCAUUGAUCG